AGGGUGUCUGGUGGGGAUUGAGGUGGGUGGUGACAGCACAAGUACCCAGGUCCCUGCGGAAGAGAGCAGGUGGCUUCUACGUAGAGGAGGAGGAGGAGGCCAGGCAGGACAUCCUGCGGGGCUGGCUCGUGUGUUGGGCUCCUGAUGGUGGCUAUUUUUGUCUCCCCUAGCUGAGUGAUUGGGACAGCGGGUGCCAGAGAAGAUGCUUAUGGCCCGAGACACAGCGCGGGACGAGGCUCAGAAGCUCCACCGAAAGUGGCUGAAGCACCAGGCCUUUAUGGCCGAACUGGCUCGCAAUAAAGAAUGGCUGGCCAAGAUAGAGCAGGAGGGUCAGGAGCUGAUCCAGGAGAAGCCUGAGCUACGAUCGGUUGUGCAGCAGAAGCUGGAGGAGAUCAGGGAGUGUUGGUCUGAUCUGGAGACCACAACCAAGGCCAAGGCCCGCCAGCUCUUUGAAAACAACAAGCCCGAGCCGGCAGUGAAGAGCUACUCAGACCUCGACAACCAGCUCUCCAAUUUGGAGCAGCAGCCCCCCCAGCUGGAGCAUGCGCACCAUCUGCCUACGUUCAAUGAGCAGCUUCAUAAAUUCCAGGCGAUGGAGUCUCAGAUAGGAGACUUUUACAAGGAUGUUGGACAACUGGGAAGCUUACAUGGGGUCUGCCUACCCCAGCAAGAGUUGAUGGGAGGCGACAAUGAAGGUGGCGAGCAGUCAAGUGGAGUUGAGACACGCAUUGUCCGCCUCAUCGAGCCCCUGAAGGAGAGACGUCGCAUCCUGCUGGCUUCCAAAGAGAUGCAUCAAGUCGCCCAAGACUUGGAGGAUGAAAUACUUUGGAUUCAAGAGAGGCUUCCUUUGGCAUCCUCUAAGGAUUAUGGGAAUAACCUCCAAAGUGUGCAGCAACAUCUUAAAAAGAACCAGACUCUCCAGAGGGACCUGACAGGACGGCGGGCACGUGUGGAGGAGGUUCUGGACCGGGCAGGCAUAAUUGCUUCACUGCGGACUCCCGAAGUGGAGUUUGUGCGUGAAGGAGCAGGCCAUGUACGCCAGUUAUGGGAGGUCUUACAGCUGGAGGCUGACAGAAGGUCAGUGAUGUUGGACGCCUCACUGCAGGCUCAACAGUACUACGGUGAGGCGGCUAAAGUGGAAUCCUGGCUGUCAGGUCAGAAGUUACAUCUGGUGAAUGAAGAAAAAGGCACGGAUGAGCCCAGCACCCUGCAGCUGCUGAAAGCUCACUUGGCCCUGGAACAAACCGUGGAAACAUAUGCAGAGACAGUAGGCAUGCUAUCCCAGCAGUGCCAACAUCUACUGGAACUGGGACACCCAGAAAGUGAGCAGAUCACCAAGCAACAAUCCCACAUAGAUCGGCUGUAUGUGUCUCUGAAGGACAUGGUGGAGCACCGCAAGACCACGUUAGAGCAGCAGUACUGGCUCUAUCAGCUCAAUAAAGAGGUGGAGGAACUGGAGAAGUGGAUCACUGAUCGUGAAGCAGUGGCCAGCUCAACUGAGCUGGGCCAAGACCUGGAGCACGUCACGGUCCUACAAGAGAAGUUCACAAAAUUUGCCACAGAAACCAACAACAUUGGCCAGCAAAGGAUGGAGCAGGUGAAUAAAAUGGUGAAUGAGAUGAUUGACUGUGGUCACGCGGACGCUGCUACCAUCGCUGAGUGGAAAGACGGCCUGAACGAGUCCUGGGCUGACCUGCUGGAGCUGAUGGAGACUCGCAGACAGAUGUUAGCGGCAUCACAGCAGCUGCACAGAUUCUUCACUGACUGCAAAGAGGUCUUGGCUCAGAUCGCAGGGAAGACGAAGCAGCUACCAGAGGUGAGAGCGUGCCAAGCCAACAUCACCAAUCCAGCCACCCUGCAGAGACUCAUGCAGUCCUUUGAGCAUGCCCUUCAACUGCUCGUUGCACAGGUGAGGCAGCUGCAGGAGAACGCUGCCCAGCUGAGGACCAUCUAUGCUGGGGAGAAGGCUGAUAUCAUCAUGGCCAAAGAGCAGGAAGUGAUGGACGCGUGGAAGGAGCUGCUGAGCUCCUGUGAGGCCAGUCGUGUCCAGGUCACAUCAGUAACCGACAAGGUGCAGUUCUUCUCAGCAGUGCGUGAAAACCUGAUGUGGAUGGAAGGCGUGAUGGGUCAGAUAAGAUGGGACGAACCCAGAGAUGUGACAUCUCUGGAGUUGAUGAUGAAACACCACCAAGAAAUGAAAGCUAAAAUUGACAGCCGUAGCAAGACCAUACAACAGUGUGCAGAUCUCGGCAAGAUCCUGAUAGCGGCAGGCAAUCCUGCAGCCGAGGAGAUACAAGAGAAGCUGGAUAAUCUUCUGGCAAAGCAGAAUGACCUGAUAGAAAAAUGGGACAAACACCAGGAGAAGUUACAGCGCAAGCAUGAAAAGUUCCAUUUUGUCCAAGAGACGGUAAAAGCUGAAGCCUGGCUGAAGGCCAAGGAACCACUGAUCACCUCCAAGGAAGCGGGGGGAGGACAGGCCCAGGCCCAGACAGACGAGGUCGAGCAGCUUAUCCUUCGCCACGAGGCCUUUCGCAAGGCUGCUGUAACCUGGAAAGAACGCUUCAGCUCCCUUCGUAAGCUUUCCAUGGCUGAGAAGAAAAAAGAGGAGGAGAAAAAGACAACCCCACUGUCCAGCCGAAGGAUGUUCCCGUUAUCUUGUCUGACUCCCAGCAUUCCCUCAACUAGUAAUACCUCAUCUUUCUUGAGGCAGACUGUACAGGCACAUAUAGAACCAAAACCCUUGCAGACCCCUCUGGAUCUGGGUUCCACUCCUGCAUCCCAGAGAUUGUCUUCAACCAUAGCUGGCUUCAGUCCCAUUCUAAAUGGCUCGGGCUACCAUGGACUGGAACAACAGUGCAGUGGGAAGCUGUUGAGCUCCCUGUAUCUUGGGAUGAACCACCAGGCAGCUGCAGCUGGAAGUGACUCUGGCUUCUCAGCACUGACCUCACAGAGUGGCGGUGCGGACACUUCGACUUACCUUGGGAUGAACAAUCAAACUGGUGGGAGUGCAGAGAGCUCUGGUUACUUCGGACUGACGACUGGAUCUUCUGGCCACUCAGUGCAAAACCAUCUGGGCAGUGGCAGGCUAGGAAGUUUAAAUAAUCUCACUCAGCAGCAAAGCAGUGUGGGCAUGGGAAGCCCAAAUUUUCUGCCACAACAGCAGAAUAUGGGGAGUUCUGGAUAUUUGGCACAUUUGCAAAAUGUGGGAAGUUCUGGGUAUUUGGGACAGCAACCUAAUUUAGGGAGUUCAGGAUAUUUGGCCCAGCAGCCUAAUAUGGGUAGUUCUGGGUAUUUGGCACAACAGCCCAAUUUGGGAAGUUCUGGAUAUUUGGCACAACAGCCUAAUUUGGGAAGUUCUGGAUACCUUGCACAGAACUAUCAGAGCAGUGGAGGUUUGGGUAGUUCAGGCUUUCUUGCACAAAAUCAUUACAGCAGUGGGAGUCUGGGUAGUUCUGGAUACCUGGCUCAGAUUGGUGGUAUCAUGGACCCUAAAAUGGCUUAUGCAUGGCAACACCUGAAAGCUGACUUCAUGCAGCCUAGGAUCAAUCACAUCCACAAGGCUAUAAAUCCUCUCCUCGAAGCCAGCAGAAUGCAAAGAGAACAAUUUGGGGACAUCCCAAUGGCUGACAUGAUAGGCCCGGAGUCGGGGUUAGAGCUCCUCCAUGGCCGUCUCCAGAGAGAUCCCCGUGGCAGUCGCUCUGACCCUCAAAUGGACCAUCUGAGACGAGAGAGAGAAUACAAGUUGGGUAGACAAACCUCCAGCGAGCAGGAGAUCCAAGCCAGGCUGAACGAGCUGCCGCUGAUUGUCCGUCAGGAGCGCUACCGGCGGCAUCUGGAAAGGCAGUCUUCUAGUGAACAAGAAGGAAGUGGCAAGCAGAGGCUGCAGAGACAAGACUCAAGUGACUUGGAGGGUUCUGCUAAAGAAGGCUCUGACAAACGCUCAGGGGAAAGAAGAACUACCAUGGCAGAGAUUGUGGAACAGGUCCAGGACAGAGAGGCAGCACAUGCACGCGGAGAGCCUUAUCGACCUCCGAGCAGCCUCUCAGCACCUGUAACUCGUUUUGAUGGACGCCCUCGUGCCCGUGACCGCCCCAAACCGAGAAGGAGGCCCCGUCCAAAAGAGCCAGAGGAGUCACGGCGUUCACGGUCGGCCCCCGCAACUGGCGCCCCGACAACACCACAGCCACCAUCGCACACUGCCCAUAAUGAAGGCUUCCUCUACUGCAAAAAGGCAACCACCUCGGACCUUGAUGCCCAGCAAAGGAGCCCCAACAGCAAAUCCUGGGUGAAUGUUUAUUGUGUGUUGAAAGACGGAAAGCUGACCUUCUACAAAGAUGCACGGAACCACAACGCAACAUACAACGGAGAGCCUCCAGUUGAUAUGAGCCUCUGCUCCUUUGAUCCUUCUUUAGGAUACAAGAAAAAGAAAAAUGUCUUUAUUGUCCAAGUAAACGAUGGAAACAACUUCGUAUUCCAUGCAAAAGAUGAGGACGACCUGAAGGCUUGGACGUCAAACAUCACCACCUGUAUAGAGGAACAUAAGGCGAUAGUCGAGUGGGACAAACCAGGCACCUCAUGCUUGGACGCCGACCGCUCAGAGAGGAAGGAGAAGUCUGAGGGCGACGCAGAUGCCAGGUCAGAGAGAUCCGAGCUCGCCGAGGGGGAGGAGAGGUCAGAGAAAGGGGAUGGAUCUGAGAAGUUAGACACGUCAGAAAUCGCCGACAAAAUGGAAGGCGGGGCGGGGGGCUCGAGCACAUCUGGAAAGAGCAAAUGAGGAGCGGCUCCGCGUCUUUAACGUUACUCAAUGUCAAAAGACACAGGAGGCGGCGGGAGGGAGGGAUGGAUGGAGAGCAUGUGCAGCUAGGUUUGCUGAUCCUCAGUCAGCUGGGACACACUGAAGCCACGCCCUCCGACUGACUACUGUAACUGUGACAGACUAAUCUCUCAGCCCCUCCCCUUCACCCAGGCAAUACAUCAGUGCUUGCAUUGUGCCACCUGCUGGUAGACAGCGGGAUGGUCGAGACACACAGACAGACUCCAACAAACUGCUCCCAGGAAUUAGCCAGUGUCACGUCCCAUCGUUGAUCGUUUUAAUCCCUCGGAUUCACAGCAUCUUUCUGUAUGUAUCUUUGACUGAUAAUGUAAUGCUCUGUCUGUCUAGACAACUUGAGAAGUGGCGAAUGAAACGUUUCACAAUAUUUAAAAAAAAAGAAAAGAAAAUGUUUUUUGAAGCAAUAUAAUUUUUUAAUUUCUUCUCUUUGUUCGAGAGAGAGAAAAAGGGAAAAGAGAACAAGAAUUGUUUCAAAAGUAAACUAUGAUUUUCGUCACGUCCAUGUAAGCUUUCUCCAGGCACUUUAAACACGUGACACGUGUGUAUACUAACAAUGACAUUUAAUCCCAUCCCAUGAGUAGCUUUGAACCAUGUUAAUAUUAAUGGAAUGUUCAAUGGUGUCAAUGAAAACACAUUUCUACAGUUUAUCUUAAGUUUUUUUUAUUUUUAGUGUUAUAUUAUUAUUAUUAUUCUAUUAUUGAUUUAUUUGCCCAUGAUGAUCCAUGUCAAAGAAGAGCUGUCCAUCAAUCGCUAAGUCAAUUUACCCAAGGUGGUGUGUUUAAUGUGGUAAUGGUCAAAAUAACACAAAGCCAAUGAGGCGCAUUGUAACAUUACAAACUCAGAACAUUGCAUGAAAGUAGUCUAUAUAGUGCACACGAUAAAUCUGUCUUUAUUUUGAGGUUUUGUUUUGUUAUGUUUUGAAUAAAUUAGGCACUAUUGGAAUUG